CCCCUGAAGACCUAGCUCCGAUGGCCGCGUGAAUGACGUUCUCCCAGCCCAAACCCAUCUGGGGUCUCUCCCCUCUACUCAGACCAGGACCGUGCAUGGCCAAGGCCCAAGGCUGAGGUUUCUCUGGGGCCCACCAGCGCAAAGCCAGUGAGUGCAGAUUAGGGAGAAAGUUCUGGUAAUGGCUGGGUACACGGCCUGCCCUGCUUCCCUCUCUAACCUUGCUCCCUCCACUCCAGCAGCAAGGGCCAACUCCCCGCCCCUCCAGCUCACCAGGCUCCCCCCUGCUCUGGGGUCUGUACACAGCUUACCUUCUCUGCCCCAGGGCCUUUGCGCACGCAAGCUGUGCACAGGGGGAAAGGUCGCCAUGGAGGCCGGGGCUGGGCCAGCCAGCGUCACCACCCCGCCUCCUCCUCGCACCCCUGGGAUGCUCCUGCGGCAGGGCGUGCCUGGGAGGGGCGGGGGCGGGUGGCCCGGCCGGUCUGGCAGGUGCUGGCCGCGGAGUCUCCGGCCGGCGGCGGCCAUGGAGGGGCUGCGUCGCGGGCUGUCGCGCUGGAAGCGCUACCACAUCAAGGUGCACUUGGCCGACGAGGCGUUACUGCUGCCGCUGACCGUGCGGCCCCGCGACACGCUGAGCGACCUGCGCGCGCAGCUCGUGGGCCAGGGCGUGAGCUCGUGGCGCAGAACCUUCUACUACAACGCCAGGCCGCUGCCCGACCACCAGACGGUGCGGGAGGCGCGCCUGCAGGACGGCUCCGUCUUGCUGCUGCUCAGCGACCCCAGGUAGCUGGGGCUGGAGGAGACGGAGCCAUGAUUUUGGGAACGCGAGGUGCUGGCUGAGGGAGCAAGCUGGGCCAGAGGGAACCACAGCUCUCUCUUCCUGGGAACCCAGCCUUAUUCCAGGUGCUGGGCUCCCAGGUAGAUGCGACACCCCGGCCCUGCUGAUGCCCGCUGCCUCCCGGAUGCUGCCCUCCAGCCCUCCAGCGAGGAGUCAUGGUUUCUCCGUGGCCUUGGAACCCUCCCCUCUCCCGGGAGCCUCCACCUGAUCUUCUGCCACCCCUGCAUCCAGGAAGCCCUCCAGUCAACAGAUGCAGUUCCUUCUUUGGGGACCCACAGGGCUCCAGCUGUGAACAGCGCUGGCUCCAGGAGGAGCUGCUGGGUUCCUGACCAAGGAGACUCUGAUCCUGGGGGGCCUUGGUGACCCCGCGCAUGUGCAAAAUGAUCUGGCGCACACUGUGGCUGCUCCGCUCCGCAGCCUCGGUGUUGGGGCGCCGUGCUGGGCCUUUGUGUGCCCCCCGGGUGCUGCGGACUGCAUGGUGAGCCCAGAAGGAAACUGCGUUUUAAUUAAGAGUUGUACAGGCCUCGGGGUGCAGAGCUGGGCAGGUGGGGACUGACUGUUGGCCUUGGGGAGCUGGGUUGCUGGGCAGGCACAGCUGCACCAGGUCCUGGGGGUCUGGGCCCCCCUCUGCCUCCCCAGUCUCCACUGCUCGACUGUGGGGGGGGGAGCUAAAGUCCCUGUGGGGUUCCUUGGCCCUAGCCACAGGGAGAGAUGGGGGGGGAGGGCUGACUUGGGGGGGCAAGAGAAAGCAUUUUUUGACAUUUAACAAACACUAUGCAAAUUGCAUGCAAAUUGCAUGCAAAUCACCACUCAUUCCUUAAGCCCGACAGCCCUGGCAUGUUCAGAAAUAAUAAUGUAGGGCCUGUCCCCUGGUGCCCGUCCAGCAGCCUUCCCUCCCCUGCUCUCCUCCCUCCCCCCUCCCUCCUUCUCUUCCCAUCUUUGAUCCAAGGCCUCCCAGCCUGUAGCAUGUAAACAGCACCAAGUGGCUGCCUGCAUCUUGUUUUUGUAGAACCGAGGCCCACGGAGGCCCUGGGUCUGGCUUGAGGUCCCAGAGCCGCAGUUUGGAAAGCAUGUGGCCUCUCUCCAACAGUCAUCAGAAGCCACUUUGGACAGAACUGUGACCCACAGAGAAAAGUGACGGCCGGGGAGGCUCCAGGCCUGUGGCGGCCAGCAGUCAUCCCAGAAGGUGUUGAGGGUCAGGCUGCUGAGGAUGCACAGGCCCACAAGUUCAUCCUCGCUCCUUUCCUCCGGAGGUCUCCCUGAAUUCUGCCCACAGGCCCUUCUGGUUUUGUUUUUGUUUUUCCUCCAAACUCCUAUUUAUCCUACAAAGGCCUGCUUUCAGCGCCCCAUUUUUACAGAGCCAUUCCUGAUACUCCAAUAAUAGCCCCCAGCUCCCUCUGGGCCCUGUCCAGCACUGUGCUCCUGUCCUAGGCCUGAGUCCUGAGCCCAGUGGUGUCAGGCUCAUUCCCCCUGGGUGAACUCACGGCAGGAGCUCCAAGGUCCACAGUCUGGGUUCUAGGCACAGGGGGCAUUUUGAACGUGUGUCAAAUAAAAGACUGAAGACACGCA